UCCUCAGCAAAUAUGGACGUCUUCUCGCCAUCGCAGGUCUACUACGACGCGUGUGCUUCCUCUCCGGACAGCCUGGAGUUUGGCCUCGGCGCAGAGCAGGAUGGCUCCGAGGAGGACGAGCAUGUGAGGAUCCCCGGGGCCCCCCACCAGCCGGGACACUGCCUCCAGUGGGCCUGCAAGGCUUGCAAGCGCAAGUCCAACUUUGUGGACCGCAGACGGGCCGCCACCAUGCGUGAGCGCCGGCGGCUGAAGAAGGUCAACCACGCUUUCGAGGCUCUGAGGCGCUGCACCUCGGCCAACCCCAGCCAACGUCUGCCCAAGGUGGAGAUCCUGCGCAACGCCAUCCAUUACAUCGAGAGCCUGCAGGACCUGCUACGAGAACAGGUGGAAAACUACUACAGCCUACCUGGAGGGAGCAGCUCGGAGCCCGGGAGCCCGCUGUCCAGCUGCUCUGACGGCAUGGCCGACAGCAACAGUCCAGUGUGGCAACAUCUGAAUGCAAACUACAGCCACAGUUAUUCGUAUGCGAGGAACGAGAGUUCCUGCGAUAAGGCAGUCGGAGCCUCCAGUCUGGAGUGUCUCUCCAGCAUCGUGGACCGUCUGUCCUCGGUGGAGACCAGCUGCGCUCCGCCGGCUCUGAGAGACACGGCCACCUUCUCCCCCGGCAGCUCCGACUCGCAGCCCUGCACGCCGGAGAGCCCCGGAUCCAGGCCCGUCUACCACGUCCUGUGAAGUAAACUUUGACGUGGAUAUAUUGCCACGGGCAGGGCGCCCUGCUUUCACCAAACACCAGCU